ACUAGAGCCCUUUGAGAUUGACGGCAACUCCAGAGAUAGAUUUGUGCUCCUAAGUCUGAUAUAAAACAGCAUCCAAGGUCUACCAACGUAACAUAAGUUGAUUUCCUGUUGGAUAAAGAGGUGUGGGGCAUUCUUACAAGCAACAUAACCAGUUACAGGAAUGGACUGCCAUUAUUCUGUCUGGGGAGUUUUGGCCUUUCUAAGUUUGGCUCUCAUUUUUUCAUUGAUACUGAAUAUUUCACACUAUAUGAAAAAGAAACAAGAAGCUAAAACGUAUAAAGACAAUGAAGACGACACUGAAAGCUAUAAUGACUGCUACAGAGGAGAUGACCCAGUUUAUGGCAAUCUCAGUCAAGAUAUUUUAGAGGAAUGUUGUUACGAGCAGAUGAAGUCCCAGCCUCAAAGGCCAGUUAAUGAACCACAACAGGUGGAAUCAGUUGAUCAGAUGUGUUAUGCCUCACUUGAUCACAGCACCAAGGGAAAACGCAGAAAACCAAGGAGGAAGAAAGACCCUCCAUUAGAGGAUGAAGAAGAAAGAUCAUCUAAAUCCACCAUUACAGCUUCCAAAGCUUGCAUUUACCUUAACAGUGAGCAACUGGCUGCUGAAAAUACAGCAAACAUAGAAGCCAUUCAUGACGAUCCCAUAAGAUUAAUGGGUUUGAUUCAUAGGACAAAUGGAGAGAACAUUUGAAGUGGCUUCAUGAACCAAGUAUGAAAUCAAAGUGAGAUCUGCUUUAUUAAUUCUGGAGGAAGAGUGAAUGAUUAGAGACAGUACCCUGCCAAACUUAAAUUACAAACAGUGGUGUGAAGCAGCUAAGUAAAACAUUCCAAAUCAUCUUCAAAACACAUGUAUGGAUUAAGCAAAAAAUAGCUGUAGGCUCAUGCUGCCCUUUUAAAGGGACUUUCCUUCUGAAUACAUUGCGAAAGGGAGCUGUGAACACAGAGAUACCAGCUUCUACAUGGUAAAGUAAAAAUUAAUACUUUGUUUAAAAAUAACCAUCAAACUUCAUACAGUCCUAGAAGAUCCACUAAGUUGCCUGUAGAACUCUCACAGAGUAUGACUACUCUUCUACAUAGGUUUUAACAGUGCUUUUGAAAAGAAAUGGCGUUUCACAUAUGCACACUUAAAGGUUCAGAUGCUUUCCCAAUUAAAAAUAGGUCCGCAUUCAAGAUUGUGUAUUUUCCCAUGGUGAACAGUCUACAGCAUGGGUGUCCAACCUUUCAGCUUGCCUGGGCUGCACUAAGUGAAAAGAAACUGUCUUGGGCCAAUGUUUUGGUUGCUGCUGAAUGAUGGGGUGCGCUAAGGACCAGCUUGGACUGCUUGGCUGGGAAGAGCCACUGCCAUGAUGGGAUGGGGUGAGGAGUGAGGCUAAUUACUAGUGGUCUUGGGCUUCAUGCAGCCUGUUAUAUAUCCUCACUUGCCUUUUAUGAGUAAUAUCAGCGUACAUCUCCAAUCUUCACUCCUCUACUAACGUAACACUUUUUUUGUAUAACAGGACUUUUUUUGUACUCAAGAAUCAGUAAGGAUACUGGCAAAUGAUUUCUAACCAUCAGCCUUUGCCAGAGAAUUUUUCUAAUUUUCUAUUUUAUAUUUAAAUUCCUAGUGCCUUUGUCAAUAAACUUCUUCACAAAAGUAGAAAGAACUACUUAUUUCCCCACGUAAUUUACAUUCUAUGUGCACAUUCAUCUUUACACUUUCAACUCAUCAGAAGGUAAGCUUUUAUAGAGUGGGGAUUUAUUUUUACGUGGCACAUUCUGGGAGUCAGUAAGUAGCAGAAGGAAACAGUAACACAUGUUGAUGUGCUAUGCCUACUCUCUAGGUUUUGGACAGUUCUGUCUUUAAAAACAAAACAAAAAACAAACAAAAAAAAACCCUAACAGCAAGUAAAUAAAUACACCCAUGCAGAGCAUGGUGCCAAGGAGCUUGAAAUGCUAAAGGGCAUUCAGAGUGCCAGUGUCUAAGGUUCUGAAGGAGACAAUAGCUCUAAACCAGUUACAAGAACCAAACCACCUACAGUACAAAGAGCUAGUCCAUAGAUGCAACAUAUCUUUGAAGGGGACAAAAAAAAAAA